UCAAUCCACAACUAUUGUUUCUUCAUUGCAUACACAAUAAAAGCUGUUCCGCACUGGAAAAUGCCAGAAGUCUGUGCAAGUUUCCUUCAUAAUGUUCUUGCUGGUCCUCUUCCUGGUCCUUAUCAUCUUAGGGACCCUGUGUGAUGCCGAGUGUUAUAUGAGACCUCCCAAUAAACAUGGUUGUAUUGAAAACAGAAAGCGGUAUAAGUUUGGUGUAGUAUGGAACACUGAUGAUUGUUUCAAAUGUAAAUGUAAGCGGAGAGUGAUGACCUGCUGCAAUGUUGUUUUCACACCUCAAAACUACGAUAAGGUGAAUUGUGUCGCCUUGUUUCACAAAAGAACCUGCACUAUCCGUGUGGUGAGGAAGAAAAACCCUGACAUGCCCUGCAAAAUCUACAAUGGAGUUGGCUAAGAUCAGUUUAAAGUGCUUCUGUCUUCAGCCUCUCUCUUUCAAGUUGAACAGACCUUGGAUCACUUACAUUGAGGAAAACGGCCAAUCCAUAGGGUUAUGGGAAUAGGAGGGUUCUCCCACCCCACCUCUUUCCCUGCUCUACUUGUACCCUGCCAUGCUCCCUACACAUCCUCCACUACUGUUAUCAUGAGCAGCUUGUCUUGCUAAGGACACACAUGUAAUUUACAUUUUAAUUUAAGAUUAUUU